AUGGCACAGGACACUGAAGAUGGUGUUUCCAGCGGAAAGCAUGAGCAAUUUCCUAGUCGCCUGGAGGCAGAUGCUGACCCGUUGGUGAGGAGCAUCGACAGCAUCAUCCAGCGGCGCCAGGAGGAGCUUUUCGUUCGUCUCUGUGACACGCUUGAGGGACGCGGUGCAAAUCGCCACAGCUCCAUGCAAGCAUACUUCAACGAGUUCGCUUUGCCCGGAGAGUCGCCACCGUUGCGGCGCAUUUCACGGUUUUCCUAUGCUUCUCCGACUGCAUCUGCCAGAACCACUUCGAAAGAAUGGGCGCAUCCUGCCAGCGCCUCCUCACUGCGCAGCGAUGAGGGGCCAAGGCCAAGCAGACGGGCGAAGGUGGUGAAAAAACGGUGGCAGGUGAAUGCGAUGCCAUUGUUGGAAGAGGAGGAUUACGAGGCCUUAGCUGAUGCGCGCUCCAAGCAGCGGGCAAUGCGAACUGCAGAGCGCUCCGAGCAGAACGAGGAAGAUGCAGCGGUUCAUGGCAUGGCGCAGAGGCUUGUUAUGUUCGUCUCCUCGAAGUGGUUCGAGGGCACCUUCGCUGCCGUCAUCAUCACGAACUGUUUCUUUCUAGGCAUUUCGUUGGAAGCCGCUGCUCAGGAUCUCUCGUCAGAGCUUCCACCUGGAUUCAAAGUUGUGGACUACAUCUAUGCGACCCUCUUUGCUGUGGAGCUAGUCCUGAAAGUCUGUGUGCAAGGCAAGAGUUUUUUCUGUUUUUCUGCAGACAGAUCAGCAUUGUUCUGGAAUUACCUGGAUUUGGUCAUUGUCGGUACAUCUAUCUUUGAACUCGUCUUUGAUCUGAUCCUGGCCUUCGAAUUUGACGAGUCGGCCGCCCCUACACAGACCCGACUGCUGCGGAUCAUCCGUGUCAUCCGCGUUUUGCGGGUUAUGCGGGUCGUCAAAGUCGUGAAGUUCAUCGCGGCGCUGACGUCGCUCGUGACAUCGAUCAUGUCCACGCUGAAAUCCUUGCUUUGGAGCUUAGUGCUACUUCUGAUGGUGAUGUACGUGUUCGCCAUCCUCUUCACCGACACGGUCAUUGGACAUGUCAAAGAGGUGGGUUUGACGGAAGGUGGAACGACGGAGCUGCUGACCUACUUUGGAUCACUGCACCUGUCGAUGCACACACUUUUCCGGAGCGUAACUGGAGGGUUGGACUGGGGCGAGAUGGCAGACCACCUCAUUGAGAUUGACUGGAUAUGGGGCUACUUCUUUACUGGAUUUGUUGCUUUUUCAUACUUCGCCGUUCUCAAUGUUAUGACAGCUGUGUUCUGCCAGCGGGCCAUCGAAAGUGCAGAGCAGGAUGAGCAGAAUAUUCUGCAGCGCUUUCUUGACGAUCAGCGGCGCUACAGGCAUCGCAUCGAGCAGCUCUUUUCGAGAUUUGAUGGCCUUGAGAGGGAUGGAGCUAUCACGCUGAGCGAAAUGGAGCAGUUCUUCAACGAUGAGGAGGUUCGCGCCAUGUUCCAGUCUCUGGACUUGACAGCAAGGGACUCCUGGACUCUGUUCAAGCUGCUGGACGAGGAGGGCAACGGUGACAUUAACCUUUCGGAAUUCAUUGAUGGAUGCCUACGGCUUCGUGGACCUGCAAAGGCGCUGGACAUUGCGUGCGUCAUGGACGAGAGCCGCCGCAUCAAACGAAAGGUCAUGAUCACAGAAGAGCGCCUCUACAAUAUGGAGGCCUUGGUUGGCGAGUUGUCAUCGAAAUUCGAAUCGAAAUCGCUCCGUAAGCAGCCGCUGGCACCCAAAGAGGACCCGCCGUUGCUGUCGUCGUUGGGUUCAGGGAGCUUCCUAUGCGGUGCUUCCACAGGGGCCGCAUGUCUGGAACUGGCUGGCGGCAAGGUCGAGACUCGGAUCACGGGAUCAGGAAAAAGGUCGCCAGUCCUGCUGGACAGCCUGCAGCCGUUGCGGGCGCAGUCUGCUGACAAUCAGGAGGUCGCCAACCUCGCAGACGACAACGAGCAGGUGAACAAUGAAGAGGCAAAAGGCAUCGACAGCACGGGGCAAGAUCCUGUUGCCCAGGCACUGAUGGAGCAGGUGGCUGCCGCAGAGGCAAGAGACAUCAAGAGAUGGCCGCAGCUGAAGGCUGAUGCGCAAGGCAGAAGGCUGGUGGUGGGCGACGGGGCAGUCGAGGUCGAGGGUUGUUUGGUGGUGGGCCUUGCAAGAUUUCUGCAGCAGGCAUGUCAGAGUGUCUCGCACACUUUCAAGAUGACCGUGGCUGGACCAGGAGGUCGCAAGCGGGCUUGCACUAGGACAUGGAAUGUGCGAGAGAGUGCGAAUGCCAAGAACGGCAGCAACAAGAUGCACAGCACCUCGGGUGACGCUUGUACUUCCAUCGGCUCUGCCCUGAGAUUGGGUUUCGCUAGAAAGCCAGCGACCUUGCCAAUGCCCGUGCGAACGCUCCUGGCAGCUGGGAAUGUUUUGGCCUUCAGGAGGCUCGUGCGGGAACGAAGCCGCCAGCUUGCGCCCCUUGUUGCGCAACCGGAGUAUGCAGGCAGCCCCUGUGUACCUGUUUGGAAGCGACGGGCCGGAUCUGUGGCUGCCUUUAUCCACGUGGCAAAGAGCGGUGGCACGGCCUUUCGCGAUGCACUCUUGCGGGGCCCAGGCCCAGGCGGUGCGGGCUUGCGAGUUCAACCAAAUUUUCCUUCGGAUGUUGCCGUCCUGAAUGCCACGUCCUUUGCAGUGGGCCGGUUGCGCUGGGCCUACUCGAAGCAGAAUGCUCUCGAGAUGGGCUCUAUUGGAAUGGUUCCCAAAGGGGAGCUCGCCUGGGAGCUUCAGGUUCCACGGAUGCUGGCUGAGGCAACAGCGCAGUUGCCGAAUCGUUCGAGACAGGAGGACAGCUCACCCUUGCCAUGUCUCUGCACGCUUCACUUCGACUUCUCCAUUGUCCAGCCGCUCUUCCAGUCUUUGCCAUCCAACCGUGUUCUAGGUUUUGCGAUUUUCCGAAAUCCGCUCCAGCGCUAUUUGUCACACUUUCACUUUGCCAGACGGUUAGACUGGACAGCUCGGUUGAGAAUUCGCCGGCUGAAUCCGGUCCAGUACCUCUAUGAUCCGGCUGCGCUGCUGGACACAUUGAUGGUGUGGCAGGAUGGCAUGGCUGGCACUGCCUGGCUGAGCGGUCUUUCGGUGCACGUCGGUGCUGGCUCCACGAGGCAAGAGUCCGACAAUGCAAGGAUGCGGGCCAUGUUCAGGAAUCGCACUGCAACUCUUGUGCGGGCGGUGCAGAACUAUCACAAGCUCACUUUCGUUGGUCUCUUGGAGGAAGCGUCACGUCAGAGGCUGUAUGGUAGGCUAGUCGGCCAGUUCGUGUGUGCCAGCUGGAGGCGUCUGUUAGUUGUUUCGCAUCGUUAUGCAAGUCUUGCAUUGGAUCAUCAGACGAUCACCGCUCAAGAUGCGAUUCAAGACGAUUUGAAAUGCAAGAGCUACAGAGUGUUAGCUAGCGAUUGGCACGUUCCGGGCAAGCUGAUCUCAUGGUACGAAUUCAUCCCUAGGCUUCGCACAGCACUGCGAUGGUCCCGGGCUCCGUAUUUCCAACAUCUGAAUGUGGGAGACACGCAGAAGAAGUUGCGUCGCGACCCCAGCAAGCACCAACUGCACAGCAUCCUUGAGAUACGAAAGCAGUCUGCAAAGGCUCCGUGUGUUGACUCCCAUGGAUAUCUGGCUUUAUUCGUGGGCCGCUCAAGCUUUGUCCAACGGGCAGCAACUUACGUUUGUCUUCUGGCAAAUGCUGGCAGGUAUGUGAGUGCCGACUUCCGAGCUCGCUUGGCAGCUUUGGAUGUGGGAGCGCUGGUUUGGGCACUUCAUCCAGCAGUUCAGCGCGCCCUGGUGAUGGUUCGCAAGGCCCCCAACGGCGUUGAGGAACACACCGUUCGCGGACCAAAUGGUCAAAAGGUGGACAGCGGGGACUUGCUCAGCUUGCAUGUGGGCACCGCCCAGGUUGGCGGCAAGCCAAUUUCAAGCCCGAGAAUAGAGGCCAGUCCCAGAGCCCCUAGUCUCAGUCCGAGAGCCCCCGGUGGCAACCCGCACUUGAAGGUAGACUUGUCCGGCUUGCCAAAGAGCGGCUUUUCCCAUCAGAGCACUUUAUCCAAGGUCGGCUUCGAUGACAAAGGCAACAUCUUGCCGGAUAGCUUCGGUGGCCAGCUUCGAUUCCGGGACAAUCACACUCAAUCCACGCUCGGCAGCGCUUUCGAUUCUGGAGAGGCAGACAGCACAUAUCAACGCUCGGAGAGUUGGGCGAAAAAGCCAAAAGACGCGGCAUACGCUGCGUUGAGGUACUUGGGCUUGCUGCCGACGGCCACACCCACUGCCUCAAAGCCUGUUCUGUUGGGUGGCUCGAUGGUCGGGCAACUCCUGGAACUGGCCCUGGCAAUCUGCUUUGCAAGCGCAGCAGAUUGCAGCGCUUUGACCGAAUCGGCAACCGUCGAGGACAAGAAAGCAUUGCAGCGACUGCGUGCUCUCGCAGAACGAUUAAACCUGCUUGGGCGCGGUGUGGUGGUUUCUUCUGAGAGCAAGGCCACACUGUCUCCGGCAGAGCUCGUUACCGCGUUCUUGAACGCCUCUGCGCAGUCCGGUUCACGUGGAGCCUCUCCGACCAGCAGGCCACCGGGGUAUGCGAGGAAGGACUCAGCUCAAAGUGUGCAGAGCAAAGCUAGCCAUGGCUUGCUCCGUCAUCGCAGUACUUCGAGGGUCAGGUUUGAUGCGACGGAUUCUCCAAAAGCGUCACCUCGCACGCCCGAUCGAGAGCUGCGUUCAGGCUUUAAUCGGUCCCAGUCGGACUUCAGCUGCUCUUCGUUCACGGACUUCAAUCGGAAACAGGCCUAUGCAACAAAGGACAUGAACACAGCCGCCCCUGCCUUCUUGGAGUUCCUCAUUGCGGUCCUUAAAGGUGGCCAGGAGCAGCGCGUCGGGGCAGUUUCACCUCCUUCACCGCUCGGAAAUGCCGCUGUUGGAGCAAACGGUAAUGAUGUCGUUCUGGACCUCAAGCUGGACACCGAUUUCGGAAGAAGAGUUUCAGCGCACCCAGAAGACGACAAUGCGUCUGCUCUGACUUACCAUUCAUACUGCGAUGCAAUGGUCGCGGGCGCUGGUGACGGUGAGGAGAAGGAAGUGAUAAGUGCUGAAGUGUUGAAGCUGGGAGGAACAGAGGGCAAGCAAACCAUGCGCAUCGCCUUCAAAUCCAAAUGCCUGCGGACACAAAACGAGUGGCAGAAGCAGCUUCUCGCCCAACAGCGCGCUUUGCUGGAUGUUGUCACAGGCAGGUUGCAGGCAGCCGAAAGAACUUUGAAAGAAGACGAGGAGGUCAAGGAGGAAGAAAGAGAAUUGUUGCGUGGAUUUCGGAAGAUUGUGCGGCGUGAGCGAGGUUCAGAGGACACACAGCUACCGGCUGAAAUUUUUGUGGUGGAAAAGCGACAGAAAUUAAGAGAUGAAGCAGAAGAGCUGUGCAGGAUCCUGUCGUAUCCGUGCCAGACCUUCAACAGCUUCUCCCGAACAAUGGAAGCCUUGGCCGAGGCUUCGCAGGGGACCAUCCAGCGUGUUGUUUCUCUGGUUUCACGCGGCUCUGCUCACAGCAUGGUAUCGACUCGUGGGGCUGACUUGCUCGAAGGGCGCCCUGGCGACAAACUCCCGGACUGGCGAUGCAGAGCAUUGUGCACAACUGGUAGAGGUGCUGGAAAUGUGAUGAUUGAAAGGCCAACUCAGAUCGUCUUCCUGGGCAUGGCUUGGCUCUCGCGAGGCCUUCCAGAAGAAUGGCAGCAACAAGGCGUGUACGUCGUUUUGAUCACCGAGGCGGACGAAUUUGAGGAGGUCGGCCGCCAGCUACUAGCAUCAGGCGAAGGAGAGAUCCGCGAGAAGCUUCGAGCCAAAGGCAUAUGCGACUAUCUAAUCCAUCCUCUUUCGCUCGACAGCUUGUCCAAAGUCGUGUCGGAAGCCGUGCAGCGCAGAUUGGAAGAAUAUUUGCUGCUGGACAUACUGGGCCGUGGCGCCACGGCUUGUGUUCACAAGGCCAAGCGGCUACGUGAUAACGAAACCAUAGCCUUGAAGGAGAUCAACAUGCGACGUCUCAAGAAUGCCAACGAAGAGAUCGAACGGGAACUGAGGCUUCUGCGCGAGCUCAGCUGGCCAACAGUGGUUUUUACGUUGGACACCUGGGAGAAUCGAUCGGAGCAGUUGCGGUACGUGGUGAUGCCAUUGCUGGAUGGCGGGAGCCUCUUACACCGGAUUGAAGCCGCACGAGGAGCGGAGUCUGAGGAAGUGCAGCAUUCAGUCGAGCUUGUUGCAGAUUGGUACGUGCAAACGCUCCACGGGCUGGCAUAUCUUCACUGGCGAGGAGUUGUUCACCGUGACAUCAAGCCCGGAAACCUGCUUAUCGCCGAAGACAGUCGGCUGUUGCAGAUUGGUGACCUUGGAAGUGCCAUGCUGCUUCCAGGGACUGGGCCUUUCCCGAACCCACAUGCCAAAGUGGCCGCGCCCGUGACAAGUCCGUCAUACGCAAGUCCCGAAGCUCUUUUGCAGGAGAUGCAUUUUGCGGCGUCAGACCUCUGGUGCGUCGGGGUCUCGUUUUUUGAGGCACUGACGCUUCAUCCCAUCUUCCCCGACGUGCAGAGCAUGGCUGAAGCGCAGGAUCACGUGCGUGCCUUCGACCCUUCUAUGGCCGGCCCAACAAAUGGCGCUACCAACUAUGCGGUUGCCGCGCUGUCGACACUGAACCAGCUUCGUUGCUCGUCCUCCUCGAGCCCGGCAGCAGUAGAGCUUGCCGGCGAGUUGCCUGAACUGGUGCGCCCUGAUUGGAUGCAAAGGCCAACCGCGUCUGGAAUUGCUUCCCGCUACUUUUGCAUGAAACGCAUCAAGACAAUUUUAAAGGAAACUGGUGCUGUGCCGAAAGGCAUGGUCAGCACCCACAUGGAAGACUACAAAGCUUUAUUGAAGCAGUCGCAGGCUGCGAGAAGCACCACGCCAGAUGCAGCCGGUCUGCAGCCUGUUGACUUGCCAGUUGGCCGUGGACGUGGGCCACGCCAACGUUAG